AUGCCAAUAAGACCAGAUCUCCAGCAGUUGGAAAAAUGCAUUGAUGAUGCUUUAAGAAAAAAUGAUUUCAAACCUUUGAAAACACUUUUACAAAUUGAUGUUUGUGAAGAUGUGAAGAUUAAAUGCAGCAAACAGUUUUUCCACAAGUUGGAUGACCUUAUAUGCAGGGAACUUAAUAAAAAGGAUAUCCAAACUGUUUCAAUCAUUUUGAUUUCUUUUGGAAGAUGUAGCAGGAAUAUCAGUAUUUUGGGGCAAGUUGGACUUCUAACUUUGAUAAAACAAGGACUAGUCCAAAAGAUGGUUGCCUGGUUUGAAAAAUCCAAGGAGAUAAUUCUGAGUCGAGGAACUUCAAAAGAUGAAGCUCUUAUAAAUAUGAUAGAAGACUUAUUUGAUCUUUUGAUGGUCGUAUAUGGCAUCAGUGAUGAAGGUAAAAAGCAAGUAGUGGAAAGUUUCAUACCUCGAAUUUGUGCCCUGGUUAUUGACUCAAGAGUGAAUAUUUGUAUUCAGCAGGAGACUCUAAAAAAUAUGAAUGCUAUGCUUGACAAAAUACCUCAAGAUGCCAGGAAAAUACUCUAUAACCAAGAAAUGUUAAAUCUCAUGAAUAGUAUGGGAGAAAGGAUUUUAGAUGCUGGAGAUUAUGACUUACAAGUAGGUAUCGUAGAGGCUUUAUGUAGAAUGACGACAGAAAAACAAAGACGGAAACUGGCAUGUCAUUGGUUUUCAAUGGAUUUUAUUGCUAAUGCAUUUAAAGGAAUUAAAGACUCUGAAUUUGAAACAGAUUGCAGGAUUUUUCUCAACCUUGUAAAUGGCAUGCUUGGAGACAAGAGAAGGGUCUUUACAUUUCCUUGUUUAUCAGCAUUUCUUGAUAAAUAUGAGCUGCAAAUACCAUCAGAUGAAAAACUUGAGGAAUUUUGGGUAGAUUUUAAUUUUGGGAGCCAGACCCUAUCAUUCUACAUUGCUGGAGAUGAUGAUCAUCAGUGGGAAGCAGUCACUGUGCCUGAGGAAGAAGUACAAAUAUACUACAUUAAAGAGAAAGAAUCGAAGAAGCUACUGACCAUAAUUCUGAAAAGUAUUUUAAAAAUUAGUAACACAGAAGGGAAAGAAUUGCUUUUGUAUUUUGAUGCUUCAUUAGAAAUCACUAUUGUGACAGAAAAACUUUUUGGUGCAAAUAAACAUUGGGAGUAUACCAGCAAACAAGGUAUUUCAAUUGCCCAAACAUCUGUGCAUAUACAUUUUGACGCAAGUGGAUCACAGAUUCUUGUGCCAGAAAGUCAAAUCUCACCUGUUGCAGAAGAACUCAUUAGUUUGAAAGAAAAUCCUAACUCCCAAAAGAAAUUUCCUAAACCUCCAGAAUACAUCAAAAAUAGUACUCAAGGGGACAGAAAAAACAGUCAAUCUGAGAUAUUUACUCCUGGCAAAAGAAAAAUGUCUGAAGCCUCAAUUCUUGUUACUGGUGCAGAAAUAUACAACAAGAGAAGUCCAUUACAUUUAACCAACACAUCAACAUCACGAAGAGGAAAAAUUAAACCACCGCUGCAAGUGAGGAGUUCUGCAGAGAAACCUGGUGUUUCUGAAACUGGAGUGGAUAAUGCUGUAUCACGUCAGUCUAAAUCACCUGCAGAAAGAAGUAGAGGAGAUGAGACACACAAACAUAUCAAAACUGCUGAUGUUGCAGAAAAGACAGAAAAUAAGAACAUUGAAUUCCGAAACCAAAAUUUUAGUAAGUUACCUGGUGUUUCAUACAACAUUCAUGGAAAUAAAAUGUCUUCUAAAUGGGCAUGUUGGACGCCUGUAACAAAUAUUACGCUGUGUAGUAAUGAAAGAUCAAGUGCUUCACAAGGAGACACAUUUAUUCAAGAUAUUUCUAUCAACAAAAAUUUUACUAAACAAAAAUCAUCCUCUUCAGUAUCUGAUGAUAAUUCUGAAGAAACAGGAAAGGUGGAAUAUAAGAAAGAAGUAACGCAGCAUAACAAAAUAGAUAAAGGAGAAGUAGAUGUUUGCAGAAGAACCAAUCAACAACUAAAUCAAUGUUCAAAGCAGAAAAAUAUUGAAAAUACCAAGCAGAGUGAUUGGCAUAUUGAAUCUGAAACUACUUUUAAAUCAGUUCUCCUAAAUAAAACAGUUGAAGAAUCUCUCAUCUAUAGGAAGAAAUACAUAUUGUCAAAAGAUGUGAAUACUGCUAUUUGUGAUAAAAGCCCCUCUCCUAGUAAAAAUGCAAGGAGUCUUAGGAAAUCAAGGAAAAGAUUAACAUCUGAACUUAAUUCCUUGGAUUUGAAACAAAAAAAAAUGAGAGAAAAGUCAAAAGGGAAAAUACUUGCUGAUGCAGCAGAAUCCUUGAUAAGCCAAAUUAAUAAGAGAUACAAACCAAAUGAUGCUAUACGGUCUGCAAGAAAAUUAAAGGAGUCUUUCAUUAGCAGUGGUUUUUCAAACAAAUAUGAUCUACAGCUCAGCAAGGAAAAGGGUCAGAAAAAAAGUUAUAGACAACUGAAGACUACUUUUGUUAAUGUUACUUCUGAACAUUCAUUGAAUGAUGUUUACAAUUUUAAUUUGAAUGGAGCUGAUGAGCCUAUUAUAAAACUUGGGAUCCAGGAAUUUCAAGCUACAGCUAGAGAAGCCUGUAUGGAUAAUUCAAUAAAAUUGGUUGGUUUAAGGAAUCAUGAUGAACUCGAACCUUCUCUCAAAACCAAAGAUAAAAGAGUAACAAGUCAUAAAAAUAAAAACCUCUUUAGUGAUACUGACACAGAAUACAGCUGUGAUGACGGCAAGACUGACAUUAGCUGGCUAAGAGAAUCAAAAUCAAAACCACAGCUAAUAGGAUAUAGCAGAAAUAAAAGUGUGAAGAAGAAAGAGAAAAGUGGGAAAUCAAGACCAUCUUUGGAAAGGGAACAACCAAGAUCUAAAAUGACACCCAAGAAGAGUACCACCAAAAAGGUAGAUGAAACCAUUCCAGAUGGGAGAACCAGACUUCCACGAAGAGCAGCAAACACAAAAAUAAAUUAUAAAGAUCUCUCAAAUUCAGAAUCAGAAUGUGAACAAGAAGUUUCACACUCAUUGAAAGAGAAAUUGCUAGUAAAGGAGGAGAAUAUCCAUUCCAGAAGCAAAACCAUGAAGCUGCCAAAGAAACAGCAGAAUGCCUGCUCUGCGGAAACACAAAAGGAUAUAUCAAAAGAAUGGGCAAACUCAUCUCUCCUAAAAAGUACUACUAUAAGAGACAACAGCCUUGACUUAUCUUCUGUGUCUUUACCUGGGAGUUCACCCUCUAUAGAAGUAAUGAGAUGCACAGAAAAAAUAACAGGAAGGGAUUUUACUCAGGAUCAUGACUGUAUAACAAAAUCUAUAUCAUCUAAUACAAAAACUUCCUCACCUGAAUCCUUCAACAGUAAAUAUGGAGUGGAAAGACCAGUAAAGUCACUGAAAAACAGUGUGAAAAAUUUACUGUGUGCAAGAGAAAGUUGUUCACCAAUUCCACAAUCAUUAUUCAUAGCCCAGGAUACUCCUAUUAAAAAUAAUACUAUUGUGCCAAAAAAAAAUGUAAAUUUUGUUGUUUUUAAAUAAGAAACAUAAAAUUGCAAUAGCUAUUCAGAUAUAAAUAAUUAUAGUUCAGAAAAACAGUUUAUGGAUAUUGAACCUCCAAAUAUCAAUAACAAUCAUAUACAAAGCAAAAGGGAGGAAAGUCAUUCAGCGUCUCUACUAUCCAUGUCUAGUGAGGAAGGAGAGAAAAUAAGAUGUGACAUGCCCUGUGACUCUGCUCAUUUAUCAGGCCCUACACACCAUCUUAAUCGCAAACGAAUGUACAUAGAAGAUAUUAAUCCUGUUGAAGUAGGAUUGGAAGAAGAAGAGGAAGGGAGAGCAAACUUGCUUCCCAAAAAACUGUCUAAAAUGGAAAAUGCAGAUCAUCACAGUCACAAAAUGUCUGAAAGUACAUGUCCAUUAUCAGCAAAUGACUCUUCUGUUCCUGUGAAGAACUGGGGAACUGAAAUUUCAGAUGUAGACAUGAUGUGUGAGCAGUUCAAUACAGAAUUUAAGAAGAAAUAUAAUAGUCACCACAAAUUGAUGGAUAAUUUUACUAUGCAGUCUUGGAAAACAGCUCAACAACAUCUGAAAAUAAUGAACCGUCAUAUUCAGGAAUACAGGAUAAAAAAACUUGAUAAAUUCCAGUUCAGCAUCAUAAAAGAGUUGGAGAAUUUUGAAAAAGAUUCACAGUCUUUAAAAGAUUUGGAGAAGGAAUUCGCGGACUUUGGAGAAAAGAUGGUUCAGAAGUUCAGUGCCUAUCAAAAAAGUGAACAAGAGAGGCUUCACCAUUUGAAAGCUUCCUUGGACAAAAAUGUCUUCUAUGGCACGGGUCAAGAAGAAACUAUUUGUACAUCUGAGAUGUGUUCCAUGAAAGAAAACAUGAAAAUUCUGCAAGACAAGCUUCUUAAGAAAAUGCAAGAAGAGGAGCUUCUUAAUGUACGCAAAGGACUACUGUCAUUAUUCAUGGCUUGUGAAACAAAUGUUAAUGUGGAGCUCUAGCUGUUACCAAGUUCUAUCCAAUUCCUUUUUGUGUAUAACUGAGGAAAUACCAAAUACAAAGAAAAAAUACAUGUUCCCCAGGAAAGAGUGCCUUUGACUCUGGAUUCAAGGAAAGAUCUUAUGGAUGAGAAAACAAACAUUAUAAUAAUACUCCAAACCCCCAACCUUGUCUGUACAAUACUGCUCUUUUUUUUUU